AUGUCGUCCUUCGAUCCUUCGAACUUACCACCUGGGUUUGAGAUCCCAGGACAGAAAGCACUAGUUGCUCAUGCAGCUAUAAUGUGCAUUGUAUUUGUGCUGUCCAUGCCCAUUGCGGCACUGACAACACGAUCUCCGAUCAAGGUCAAAGUCACGAAGCUUCACGCUCCAUGGCAGAUGUUCAACGUCAUUCUGGCAAUUACAGGACUGGGCCUGGGAGCCUCGGUUGCAUCGAAUCGAAAAAUAGCCAGCGGUGAGACACCACACAUUCUGCUAGGGUGCAUCAUCGUUGGGCUUUUGAUCGGUGUCCAGCCAGUUCUCGGAAUACUUCAUCAUUUGUUCUUCCGUAAGAACAAUCGUCGAGGUACCUUUGGGUGGAUUCAUCUUCUCCUUGGUCGCAUCAUCAUGGUUUUGGGACUGGUCAAUGGCGCCACAGGGUUCAAAUUGGCCCAUGAUAACAAGACAGUGCCAUACUUCGCCAUGUUAGGAGUGGUGUGUACAGUAUAUAUUGGAGUGCUGCUGUGGGAUUGGUUAGCCCCUCACUACAAGGCACAUAAGAGCGCAACACAGCAGGCUUCAGUUCCAGGUCAUACGAGUGAAACCAUAGACAUGAGUGCGCUCGAGCACGACAGACAUUAA